GCUGACCAGCCUCUACACCGCCCCUUCUGCGUGUGACGUCACGCCAUGGCUAUUUGCAUGAAGCACGUUCUGCAGCUCAUUUGAGAGUUAAAACUGAAUCUCACUCGCGAAGCGAAAGACCAUCCAGAGCAGAGUAGGAGAGCGCGAGAAAUCUGGAAGAGAAGGGCACUCAUGUUAACGCGCGCGCACUGAGCAGAACCAACAACGCGCGCUGAAAAUGGAGCUGCCCUCCGCGGGUGAGCACGUCUUCGCGGUGGAAAGCAUUGAAAAGAAACGUAUUCGAAAGGGAAGGUUUGAGUACCUGGUCAAGUGGAGAGGUUGGUCUCCCAAAUUUAACACAUGGGAGCCAGAGGAAAAUAUUCUGGACCCCAGACUUCUCGUCGCUUUCCAAAACAGGGAAAGACAAGAUCAGAUAAUGGGUUAUCGCAAACGAGGGCCCAAACCAAAACAUCUUCUCUUACAGGUACCAUCAUUUGCUCGAAGAUCCAGUGUUCUUACGGACUUCCAGGAUGUGUCUCAAGGUGAGGAUAACCAAAACAAAACAAUUACAGACCUGGUCCAAAGCCAGCAAUACCAGCUUAACAGCAAGAAGCACCAUCCCUACCAGCCCAACCCAAAAGACAACCAGGGAGAGGCACGAACAAAUGGGGAAAAGAAGCACUACUACCAGCUCAACAGCAAGAAACACCACCACUACCAACCAAAUCCUAAAUUGUAUGACUCUUUGUAUCAGAAGGUCAGAGAGACCAAAGUGCCUGAAGGUUGGAACUUAUCUCCAGCUUUACAGCAGAAAUGGGUUCAAGACAAUGAUUCUGAGUGCUUAAGUAAGAUGAGAAAUAUUACGAUGGAGUUGAAAAAGCUUCCGACUAAACUAAAUAGUGGUGCUGACUCAAAAGUGAACAUAAAAAGUGAUGCAAAGGACACGGCACCGGCCAAUGGAAUAAGCAGCAAGUUGAAAAUAGUGAAGAACAAAAAUAAAAACGGCCGCAUUGUCAUUGUCAUGAGCAAGUACAUGGAAAAUGGCACCCAGGCAGCUAAAAUUAAGAAGGGAGUGGCAGAUGCUGAAGAAAAAAGACAAGCACAGGAUUGUAAGUCUAUAGGAACUAAUGAGAGCAUAGAGAAGUUAAAGUACACCAAGAAAAAAAGUCUUGAGAAGGUGGUUAAAAAGGACAGUAGAACUGAGUCUGUCCCUUCUGGGCUUUCCAAUGCGCUAUUAAUCUGUGCAAGGGACAAUCCUAAUAAAGCAGACCCAACAGUGUUUGAGCCAAAUGACUUCGAGAAGCUCUGCAGCACUGGAGAAUAUGCAUCUGAUGAUCAACCCUUGAAACUGAUAACCAAGCCCAUUCAGACUCCAGUCGCCAUUGAGAAGGGUGAUCAAAGCACCCAGUCUACCCAAUGUGGUCCUCCCACCUUCCCUCUAAAGCGUUGCUGCUCUGAUCCAGAGACUGGCAGGGGGGAGGCCAAGAGGUUCUUGAGUUCUCGGAGUAUAAGUGCUCCAAAUACAGACGUCUCUCACUCUUACAGCUGCACUAUGCACUUCAAUGGCCAUCAGCACUCUGGUGGACAUGACUUUGAGAACCUGGACUCCAACCAAGAUGAACCCAUAGACCUCAGCUGUGUACGAUCAAGAGAAGAGAGGAUGGUUUCUACACAUUCUCAGAUUGGAAACUCUAUGCCGACAGGGAAAGAAGCAGUAUCCACACCAGAACGGGUAGAGGCAGAAACAAAAAUGGGACCAAAAUGUGUUCCAAGCUUUACUCCUUUUCUUGGGAAUAUAAUAAUUACAGAUGUCACAACAAACUGCCUCACAGUGACAUUUAAGGAGUAUGUGACCGUUUAAUGAAUAUGUGAUGGCUAAAAAAAUCUGUAAAGACUACUCACUGUUUACUGUGAAUUUGAACAAAUGUAAAGCAUGUUUAAUCUUCAAGUCCUUAAGCCUGCCUGAAUAUUUUGAAACAGUCUUCUAUAGUGUAAAGUUUUGGGUAGUCCUCAGACUGCAUAUGAUUGAACUGAAUUGAUUUUCAAAUUCACACUUUUAACUAUUCAUGUUAGUAAUAUAAAAAAAUGAAACUGAACAGGUUUCCUGUUAAUAGCUUGUAUAAUAUUAGUAAGCACUGAAUCUAUUUGCAGUGCUGCAUUUCAGAAGGCUUAUAAUAUAAGAAGCACUUACUACAUGUAAUACUGAGAAACAUUUUCUACUGAUACGUCUUUUAUAGUCUUUGUUUCAAAACAAAAUGUCACUCAAUGUGUUAUUUAGGUUUGACUAAGUGUAUUAAAAGUUCUAUUUUAUGUUUGAAUAACA